AAUCAGAUGAAGGCAUUCACAGGCGAAUCGCGCCGGGCCCUGAGGAGAGCGUUCUCAACUUCUCUCUCUCUAUAUACUUCUUCUUCUUCUUCUUCCUUCUCUCUCUGAAUCUGCCGUUACGCGGAAGUUUCUCCACAUGCAUUGUAUACAACACAAGUCUUCAAGCUUCUUCUUCCCCGCUUAAUAACCGCUUCUGAUUUCUCUGUCGUUUCACGAUUCUCUCUGCAAUGGCCGCUACUGGUGAUUUUUUCGAAGGGGGGAAGCAGCAAUUCGCAAGUGUUGCAGAUGGGAACGAUAACGGGAACACACCAGUCAAGUAUCCAAGCUUCAAGGCAACUAAGCCUAGCUUCAGUGAUGGUGGCAAACAUAGCGCCAUAGAUGUUUUUCCUCUUCUUGUCAAGGAGUCUGCAUUUCCUUUGAAUGAAGACUCUGACAUCGAUAAUUCAUUGGUCCAAGACGUGUGUACUAUCUCAGUCCUACCUGAUGAAGGAAGUACAAUCCCGCAAUGCACAUCGCAGUUUACUCUCUUGAGCUUCGUCAAGGCUCUGCUUCCAUCUAAAAAUCAGAUGUUGAUGGAUGCGCAGCUGAAUUGUCAGAAAACGCAGAAUCGCAUCAAUGUGCUACUGGGAGGCACAGAUUCCUACCAGUCAUGCGUUGUGGAUAUAAAUGUCGAGAAAGGGAAUGGUGGUGAGACGGUGACAUCCCAUGACGAAGUUGCUGGAAGUGUGAAAUCUGAGAGUGUACAUAUGCAAAAGGUAUUGCAGAGACAAGCAAGCUUGAGCACUGUUUUUGUUGCAGAUAAAGCUAUCUCCGAGAGAUGCCAUGAUGUACCAACGAAUAGGUGGAGAAGAUACAAGCGUGCUGCUUCAUUUGAUUCAAGGAAAAUCGUCAUCCUAUUCUCCAUCUUAUCAAGCGUGGGAACAUUGAUAUUGAUCUACCUGACACUGAGAGUGAGGCAAAACGGAGAUAGCAGCUUCAAUCAUAUGUAAAACUGUAACAUCUAUUUUGGCAUCUUUCUCCUUCGUUGUCUCUCUUUUGAAAAUCUCUGUCCCUAAACUCGUCUUUUGUUCCGAGUUUCAUAAUGUUGAUAAAGUGGAUACUUUCUUUGUGAAUAGCACUUGCGAAUGCUUGCUUAUUGCUUAAUUCCUACUUAACG